AUGACAAUCUCCUAUCUGAACUCGAAGACAUUCGAAGACACGUCUUCUUUCUUCAACUAUCUGCUAAUGCCUUCUGAUAUGUUUGAUGAACUGUUUAAUUCCCUGUCUCUCAGACUUACCAAAAAAGACACCAACUUCAGGAAAGCUCUGCAUCCUGGUCUGAAGUUAGCAGAUGAUGCAUUUGCCCUUCGUCAAUACCUAAUGAAACCCUACUCAAGAAGAGGUCUGUCAGAAGCUGACCUGAUUGCCAACUACAGGAUCUCCAGAGCAAGAAGAGUCAUGGAGAAUGACUUUGGUAUUCUUGCAAACCGAUGGCAAUUUCUUCUCAACACUUCGCAACAUGGUCCAGAUGUGCUCCCGAAGAAUGAAGGUGAGCUACAGAACCUGAAUGAGCUCCGAGAAAACCUCCACAGAGCCAACAACUCCUGCAUCAGAUGGAGCCCAGAGGAGAUGCUUUCCUUCCCAGGUGGCUUCAGGAAACUCCGGCUUUGUCGCUUCCAUCCAUGGCCGAAGGAGGAGCUCCCAUUAGCGAGGAGAUCGCGAAAGAAGUUUACUGACGAGGGCUACAAGAUUCACAACCUGCCAUUUGUUACCAACGUUGUGAAGACUAGUUUCCCUUACAUCAGUCUUCUGUCCAUCUUCAUCGCUAUGUCCAAGGUGUAUCCCAGGGUUGCCGAGUAUGUGCAGGAACACAAACUAUGUGCCCAUCCAUGUUUGGAGAUUUAUGAUGGGAAGAACAUCCACUUCAUGGCUCCCUUGGCUAAACAGGACGAGUUCUAUGUGGCUGAAUACAACCAACCGAGUCCUGAGGAUGAUGCCUCGGAACUGGAAGACCCAAGUCUAGCUGAAAGCCUCCCAGAUGACAGCAUCUCCUACAGCGAACCUUCUUUCAGCGAAAUUAGCCAAAGUCUGUCCACAGAUCUCACAGUCAGCACUGAAGAUAAGGAAGGGGAGGUAAUCAAAAUGGCUGCCGUGCAAGCUGGUGCAGGAGAGGCAAAAAAUUUAGCCGACUCUGGGUUUUCUUCCGAUGCAGUUCCCUCCCCUCUUUCCGGCUCUCUUCAGGUGGAGGACCCUGCUGACACAGGGUCAGAGGGCAGCUCAGGAUCGCCUUUCGAAGAUAUAAAAGGUGAAACCGAGGAACUAAUUAAAGAAAUGAAUCAACAAGUGGAGAGUAAGGAAUAGUUGCUGAUUUUGUUGCGAGGAGCUGAACAAGCAGAACAUGACCGUGUAAAGAUUAAUGCUAUUAAGGUGUCCAUCUUUUUACUUGUGUGGGUGCACUCUGUGAUUGAUGUGUGCUCUGUUGACGUGUAAUACUAUUAUCCAAUGGUGCAUAACAACUAGCUUGCUGUUGAACAUGUAUGAAUGCAUUUAUUAAACAUAUCGUGAUAGAUUAGGCUAUUGAUAACCUGGCCUUGGUAGUGUAGUACGUGGUCUGUGUCUGUAGAAAUAUUUUUAUAUUGUAAAGAUUAUUGUAUUUAUUAUGACAGAUAUUGAAAUGUUUUCAACUAUGAAUCUUACUGGUAAAUAUGAAAUAGAAUUUUAAUGACAGGGGGUAAUGUAUUAAUAUAGCUCCUCAGUAUGUUAGACUGGUCAAGAGGGACUUAAUGGAUUGGGUGGUCCAACUUCGAGCGAUGUUGUUGAUUGUAGGUCAUGGUGACCUGACAGUAUGGACCAUUACAUACCACAUCAAUAACCAUUGCAGCAGCGUUUACCUCGACUACAAAAUGACCCCAUGGAAAUUCACUAGCCAGUCGGACCCAGUGACUGUGGAGAUUUAUUAGCCCAACUGGAUUUCUACUAGCCAUAGGCUAAGCGGGCCAGUGGUUAUUUAGCACACACUGCUCGGGGCCCCUAAUUAUUAGUUUUAAGGGUCCUUGCAGCCAAUAUAUGAGGGGGUCCUGUGGAAAUGCUUGUUAAUAGAGAACUCUAUGUUUUCUUUAGAGCCUGGAGUGAAUCAUUGAUCAUGUGAACUGAUGGGUGAACUGAUGCAUGUAAACGCUCUGAAAGAGAAACAACCAAACACUAAGCAAAGUCACAGAUGUGUUAAUGGGUACAGUGAAUGAUAUUUGUGAAUUGUUUUCCUGCAUCCAUUCUCUACAUUUGUGCAUACUGGACCCACAUUUAUCGUGUCACGUAAAACUGUGCAUUGUAUAGUCCGGACUCUUAUAUUCCCUGGCCACUAUCAUAUAUACAUGUGGCUAAAAUAUAGCUGAGUAAGCAGCAGUAAACAACAAACGCACGCAUGCGUUUAUGAAUAAUAUUUAUAUAUAUUUGGUAUCUUAUUAUUAUUGCUGUCAUUCCCAACUUUUGCAAGAUAAUCAAUUUCUUUUAAAGUAAGCUCCAAAAUAUAUGCAAUAGGCCAAGAGCUACCAUAUUGUAAAAAGUUUUACAGUGUAGAAAGUGUGUAUUUUAACCUUUUCUCUGGAUAAAAUACUUUUUAAACUGCUAUUUCUUAUAGAGCAAUUAAAUCAGGUGUUGUCAUACAUUACACAAA